AUGGAGUUUGAUAAUGUCUAUUACUUGAGUAGAGUAAAAAAAGCUAAACUCCAAGGACCACCAGAUAAAUUCAAUACAUAUGUGACCUUGAAAGUGCAAAAUGUGAAGAGCACGACGGUAGCUGUGCGUGGUGACCAACCUUGCUGGGAACAGGAUUUUAUGUUUGAGAUCAGUCGGCUGGACCUGGGCCUAAUUGUUGAAGUAUGGAACAAAGGACUGAUCUGGGACACCCUGGUUGGAACCGUGUGGAUUGCUCUGAAGGCCAUUCACCAAUCUGAUGAGGAAGGUCCUGGGGAGUGGUCUACGCUGGAGGCAGAAGUUGUAAUGAAACAUGAUGAAAUCUGUGGAACCAAAAACCCAACUCCUCAUAAAAUUUUGCUGGACACAAGAUUUGAAUUACCAUUUGAUAUCCCUGAAGAAGAGGCCAGAUACUGGACCAGAAAAUUAGAACAAAUAAAUUCACUGGGAGAUGAUGAGUAUUCCUUUCACGAGGAAGUCCAGAAGAAACCAUUGCCCAGUGCUGCCUCCCAGUGUUCCUUUGAAGAUGCUGACAGCGCGGUGGACGACCGAGACAGCGACUAUCGCAGUGAGACGAGUAACAGCAUCCCGCCUCCCUUCCACACCACGGCGCAGCCCAACGCCUCCGUCCACCAGUUCACCGUUCCCUCCCGCCUGCAGCAGCAAGGGGUCCUGCGGGAAUCCUGUGCUGACUCCCUACAAAACUAUGAUCUGGAUUAUCGGGAGCACGUGGCCAUCAGUCCUGCUGGCAGUAGUAGAUAUGGCUCCUCUUGUAAUGUCAGCCAGGGAAGCUCUCACCUAAGUGAGCUGGAGCAUUCCCAUGAAAGUGCCCACGGCUCUGAGCAAGAAGAUGAUCACCAGGAGAGAGAGUCGAUUCAUUCCUACCACAGUUCGGGCAGCUACCAGAAGAAUGGUCAGGCGUGGCUCAGGGAGCAAGAGGAGCCUUGUGGCAAAGGAGAGGAGGAGAAUAAGGUCUGCCAGACAGAGGAGAAACGUGCAGACCGUCCUGCAGCCACGUUACCCCUGGAACUUGAGAAGCCCAAGGAUGUUGAUGCAGGAGCCCAAGUGAGCUACCAUGGUGACAACGAGCCACCACCAUUUCCUCCAGCAAGAGCCCAUUGGAUUAGAGCCAUUAGCAAAGUUCGACUGCAGCUUCAAGAGGGUCAAGAUGAGACUGAUCCAUCAAAACCACCCUGGCUCAAAGGAGGGCCUGCAGGUGGUCUCUAUGGCAUUGAUAGCAUGCCCGAUUUACGCAAAAAAAAGCCAAUUCCACUUGUCAGUGAUCUGGCCAUGUCACUGGUUCAGUCCCGGAAAGCCGGAAUUACCUCAGCAAUGGCCACUAGAACAUCUCUCAAAGAUGAAGAGCUGAAAUCUCAUGUCUACAAGAAGACCUUGCAAGCCUUAAUUUACCCCAUCUCUUGUACGACCCCUCACAACUUCGAAGUGUGGACAGCCACAACUCCCACCUACUGCUACGAAUGUGAGGGGCUGCUGUGGGGCAUCGCGCGGCAGGGAAUGCGCUGUGGGGAAUGUGGAGUCAAGUGCCAUGAGAAGUGCCAAGACCUGCUCAACGCUGACUGCUUGCAGAGAGCAGCGGAAAAGAGCUCAAAGCAUGGAGCUGAAGACAGAACCCAGAAUUUCAUCAUGGCCAUGAAGGAUCGCAUGAAAAUCCGGGAGCGGAACAAGCCAGAGAUCUUUGACUUGAUCAGAGAUGUGUUCUGUGAGAGCAAAUUGACACAUGCUCAGCAGAUGAAGACAGUGAAGCAGAGCGUGCUUGAUGGCACCUCAAAAUGGUCAGCAAAGAUCACGAUCACAGUGGUGUGUGCUCAGGGUCUGCAGGCCAAAGACAAGACCGGGUCCAGCGAUCCAUACGUAACCGUUCAAGUGGGUAAAACAAAGAAGAGGACAAAAACGAUUUUUGGGAAUCUGAACCCUGUUUGGGAAGAGAAGUUUUACUUUGAGUGCCAUAAUUCCUCUGACCGGAUCAAGGUGCGGGUGUGGGAUGAAGAUGAUGACAUCAAGUCUCGCGUCAAGCAGAGACUGAAACGCGAGUCGGAUGAUUUCCUGGGGCAGACAAUCAUUGAAGUCCGUACUCUGAGCGGAGAAAUGGAUGUGUGGUACAACCUUGAGAAGCGAACAGAUAAGUCUGCAGUAUCCGGGGCUAUCCGCCUGCAAAUCAGCGUGGAGAUCAAAGGCGAGGAGAAGGUGGCUCCAUAUCAUAUUCAGUACACUUGCCUUCAUGAGAACCUCUUUCACCAUCUCACAGAUGUGCAAGGGAAUGGGGUGGUGAAGAUCCCUGAUGCCAAAGGAGAUGAUGCCUGGAAGGUGUAUUUUGAUGAGACAGCACAAGAGAUCGUGGAUGAAUUUGCAAUGCGUUAUGGCAUUGAAUCAAUAUACCAGGCCAUGACGCAUUUUGCAUGUCUCUCCUCUAAAUACAUGUGCCCAGGCGUGCCAGCUGUGAUGAGCACCUUACUUGCCAAUAUCAAUGCUUAUUAUGCGCACACAACUGCCUCCACAAAUGUGUCUGCUUCGGACCGCUUUGCAGCCUCCAAUUUUGGGAAAGAACGAUUUGUGAAGCUUUUGGACCAGCUCCAUAAUUCACUUCGGAUUGAUCUCUCAAUGUACAGGAACAACUUCCCAGCCAGCAGCCGCGAACGGCUGCAGGACCUGAAGUCUACGGUGGAUUUGCUGACCAGCAUCACUUUUUUCAGGAUGAAGGUCCAAGAGCUGCAGAGUCCACCCCGAGCCAGCCAGGUGGUGAAGGACUGUGUAAAAGCUUGUCUCAACUCCACCUACGAGUACAUUUUCAACAAUUGUCAUGAGCUGUACAGUCGCGAGUACCAGACAGAUCCUAACAAAAAUCAGGACCUUCCUCCCGAGGAACAGGGCCCCAGCAUCAGGAACCUGGAUUUCUGGCCCAAGCUCAUCACUUUAAUAGUUUCCAUCAUAGAAGAGGACAAGAAUUCUUAUACCCCAGUCCUGAAUCAGUUUCCUCAGGAGCUUGCUGUUGGGAAGAUCAGCGCGGAGGUGAUGUGGAGUCUUUUUGCCCAGGAUAUGAAAUACGCAAUGGAAGAGCAUGAGAAACACAGGCUGUGUAAAAGCGCAGACUAUAUGAACUUACACUUCAAAGUGAAGUGGCUGUACAAUGAAUACGUUCGUGAUCUGCCUGCCUUCAAGGGAAAAGUGCCUGAAUAUCCAGCGUGGUUUGAGCAGUUUGUGAUGCAGUGGCUGGAUGAAAAUGAAGAUGUUUCCUUAGAAUUCCUGCAUGGUGCUCUGGAGAGGGAUAAAAAAGAUGGGUUCCAGCAAACAUCCGAGCAUGCUCUGUUCUCUUGCUCAGUGGUGGACGUCUUCACCCAGCUCAAUCAGAGCUUUGAAAUCAUUAAGAAGCUGGAGUGCCCAGACCCUGUUAUUGUUGCUCAUUAUAACAGGAGGUUUGCUAAGACUAUUGGGAAAGUGCUGAUGCAGUACGCUGACAUCCUCUCCAAGAGCUUCCAGUCCUACUGUUCCAAGGAGAAGCUGCCCUGCAUCCUGAUGAAUAACAUCCAACAGCUGAGGGUGCAGCUGGAGAAGAUGUUUGAAGCCAUGGGUGGUAAAGAGUUGGAUGCAGAAGCAAGUGACCAUCUCAAAGAGCUCCAGGUGAAGCUGAACAAUGUUUUGGAUGAGCUGAGUGCCGUGUUUGGUAACAGCUUUCAGACUCGCAUUGAUGAGUGCGUCAAGCAGAUGUCCGAUAUCCUCUGCCAGGUGAAAGGGACAGGAAAUGUUGCUGCUAACGCCAGAAACACAGUUGCACAAGACGCAGAUAACGUCCUGAGACCACUGAUGGAUUUCCUGGAUGGGAACCUGACGCUGUUUGCGACUGUGUGUGAAAAGACGGUGUUGAAACGGGUGCUGAAAGAGCUCUGGAGGGUGGUAAUGAAUACCAUGGAGAAGCUGAUUGUGCUGCCUCCUCUUACAGACCAUACGGGCACACAGUUGAUUUUCAGUGCUGCUAAGGAGCUGGGACACUUGUCAAAGCUGAAGGAUCAUAUGGUGAGAGAAGAAACUAGGAGUCUCACUCCAAAGCAGUGUGCUGUUUUGGAUCUGGCACUGGAUACGAUCAAACAAUAUUUCCAUGCUGGUGGGAACGGUUUGAAGAAAACCUUCUUGGAGAAGAGUCCGGACCUGCAGUCACUUCGCUAUGCUCUCUCUCUCUACACUCAGACCACAGACACUCUCAUCAAAACCUUUGUCCAGACUCAAACAGCUCAGGUGCAUGAUGGGAAAGGUAUUAGGUUUACCGCUAAUGAGGACGUUCUUCCUGAUAAGGGCUCUGGUGUGGAUGAUCCUGUGGGAGAAGUGUCCAUACAGAUCGACCUGUACACCCACCCAGGAACUGGUGAACACAAGGUCACGGUGAAAGUUGUGGCAGCCAACGACCUGAAGUGGCAAACGUCUGGUAUGUUCCGUCCCUUCGUUGAAAUCACCAUGAUCGGGCCCCACCAGAGCGACAAGAAGAGGAAGUUCACAACCAAGUCAAAGAGCAACAACUGGGCUCCCAAAUACAAUGAAACCUUUCACUUCAUUCUGGGGAAUGAAGAUGGCCCUGAUGCCUACGAGCUCCAAGUCUGCGUGAAGGAUUACUGCUUUGCUCGGGAGGACCGAGUGCUGGGGAUAGCAGUGAUGCAGCUCAGAGACAUAGCAGACAAGGGGAGCUGCGCCUGCUGGUGCCCCCUGGGGCGCAGGAUUCACAUGGAUGAGACUGGACUUACAGUCCUGAGGAUUCUCUCUCAAAGAACCAACGACGAAGUUGCCAGAGAAUUUGUAAAGUUGAAAUCCGAGUCCCGUUCCACGGAGGAAGGCACCUGA